UGAUUAACCAUUUUAAGUUAUUAACGUCUCUAGAAAAUUUAAAACAAGAACUAAAGUUGCCAAAUUCAAGUGAUUCUUUUCUGCUUAUACACGAUCACCAUCAUAUACUCUAUUUUCUUUUUCAAGAACACAAAAAUUAUAUUUGGAUAAAUAUUUUUGUCAAUGGCAGAGGAGUUUGGAAGAUCCGUAGAAGAUGGAGUCAAGUUGUCAAAACGGUUAUUUUACGGCAAAGACAGAGCGGUGGCGCCGCCAAAACCGGUGGUGUACAUGGAAAAAUCAUCGGAGUCUUAUUUACCGACAGCUCCUAUGGUUUAUGCAGUGAUUUCAGAUCCGGGUAUUGUGGAUAACCCGGAUAUGCCUAGCUACCAGCCUCACGUGCAUGGCAGGUGUGAUCCACCUGCACUUAUUCCUCUUCAGAUGAACAAAAUAGAGCUGGAGGCUGAUUCUUAUUUGGAUUCUGCUGUUGUUCGGGUUAACGGGUCAUGGAGAGUCCAUUGUGUUAUGGGUAGCAAGUGUUGUGAUUGUAGAAUUGCUAUUCCUAUGGGAGAACAAGGUUCAGUUCUAGGUGUUGAGGUGGAGGUUCCUAGAAAGUCUUAUUAUACUGCAUUAAUUACAAUUGAUGACAUAAGAGACAUGGAGAAGGAAGGGAGACCUGAAAAUGGCGGCUUUUUGACUCCUCGUAUAUUUACCCUCACAAUACCGAAAGUUGAUGGAGGCUCUAGUAUAUCAAUUAAAGUUAGUUGGAUACAGAAAUUAUCGUAUCAUGAAGGCGAGUUCUCAUUGACUGUGCCAUUUAAUUUUCCUGAGUAUGUUACACCUGCUGUGAAGAAAAUACCUAAAAAGGAAAAGAUACUAUUGAAUGUAAAUUCUGGCACCGGUACUGAAGUUAUGUGCAAGAUGACCAGUCAUCCAUUGAAGCAAUUAAAACGUGAAGCAGGGAUAUUAAGUUACUUGUAUGAAUCAGAAGUUCUGACUUGGACAGAUAGUGACUUUGCUGUCUCAUAUUCUGUAUCUUCAAAUCAUGUAUUUGGCGGUGUGAUUUUGCAAUCUCCUUCAGUGCAUGAUAUUGAUCAAAGAGAGAUGUUCUGUGUCUAUCUUUUCCCGGGGGUUCAAUCAAAUUUGAAGGUGUUCAAGAAAGAGAUAAUAUUUGUUGUUGAUAUAAGUGGCAGCAUGGAAGGAAUGCCACUUGAGGGAACAAAGAAUGCAUUAUCUGGAGCUCUCAAUGAGCUUGAUCGAAAAGAUUCAUUUAAUAUUAUAGCUUUUAAUGGAGAGACUUAUUCAUUUUCUUCAUCAAUGGAGUUGGCUACUGAGACAGCAGUUGAAAGGGCCGUUGAGUGGAUGAAUCUGAACUUCAUUGCAGGGGGCAAUACAAAUAUCUUGGUUCCUCUAAAUCAGGCAAUGGAGAUGUUUUCAAAUUCUGGUGGUUCUUUUCCUCUCAUUUUUCUCGUCACUGAUGGGGCUGUUGAAGAUGAAAGACACAUUUGUGAUUCAAUGAAAAAAUAUCUAACCGGCAAAGGACCGAUAUGUCCACGUAUACACACUUUUGGCAUAGGUACAUACUGUAAUCAUUAUUUCCUGCAAAUGCUUGCAACAAUUAGCAGAGGGAAUUAUGAUGCUGCAUAUGAUGUAGGUUCAGUCGAGACUCGAAUGCAGAAGUUAUUCAGCAGAAGUCUAUCCCCUGUUCUUGCAAACGUGAGAAUGGACACAUUGGAUGAUCUUAAAGAUGUUGAGGUGUACCCCUCUUAUAUCCCGGACCUUUCAUCUGAAUGCCCGUUGAUUAUUUCUGGAAGAUACCGUGGAAACGCCCCUGAAACUUGUAAAGCAAAAGGCAUUUCAGGAGAUUUGAGCAAUUGUGUUGUUGAUUUAAAGAUACAAAAGGCAAAAGAUAUGCCUUUCGACAAGAUUUUUGCAAAGCAACAAAUUGAUCUGCUCACAGCCCAGGCAUGGUUUUCAGAAGAUGACAGACUCCAAGAGAAGGUUGCCAAAAUGAGCAUACAAACUGGAAUCGUGUCGGAAUAUACUCGUUUAACAUUCAUUGAUAUGGACAGAGGAAAUGAAGCCAUAGAAUCACCUACAGCUCAUAAAUUAGUCCACAAAACUGAUUCUCCAACAAAAGGGCAGAGAAGAAUAUUACUCCAAAACUUAGGAGUUGGCUUUGGCAAUUUGGGCGCAACAGCAGAAAACAGGCCUCCUGGGGCUGAAGAACAAAAGUUACCUGAAGCUGCUGAAAUCAUGAUUAAGGCAACUUUAAAUUGCUGUGGAAGAAUGUGCGACCAUUGCUGCUGUAUGUGCUGCGUCCAGUGUUGCUCCAGGAUGAAUGAUCAAUGCGCAAUUGUAUUAACACAGCUUUUCACUGCUCUUGCAUGUUUUGGCUGCCUAGAGUGCUGUUCUCUGUGCUGUUGCGGUGGUGAUUGACAGCAGAUACCUUAAUACAACAAUGUAUAUGCGUUAUACCGUAUAUAAUAGAUGAUUGAAAACAUUCUCAUAAUUCAUUAUGCUGCUAAAUAGCUAAUCUGUACAAUAACCAACACUUCUUAUUCAUCUCGGUCCCCUUGCUGUGA